UCGAAAACACAAACCAAUGGUGAAUUAAAACGAUUAUAGCCAAGUGUUGUGGACGUGUUUGGUGGUUCGCAUUGAAAUUUGCAAAAAUUUGACCUAAUCUGCCUGUAGAAUACUGAAACGAAUUUUAUUGAAGAAUGGGGAAGAAAGGAAAAGGAAAGAAGGGUCCUAAGGAACCUCUCCCACUUCUGGCAGAAGUGGAGAGAGAAAUGUUCCAGCUGCACAUAAAUGAUAUAACACGAAAGCUUGAGAGGAUCACAGCACAGUGUCUGGAGUUAGAAAAGAGUAAUGAAGAGUAUGAAAAAAAGUAUAAAAAAUUAGAUGAGGAUAGAGGUGACAUAAUUACCUAUCUAAAACGAACCCUACAAGAGAAAUCAGAUGAAGCUAAACAACUGCAGGAAACUGUUGACCAACUGACUUUAGAGAAAACCACAAUGCAAGAGAACUUUUCUGCAAAAAUUGCACAGAUGGAGCAUGAAUUCAAAGUGAUGCAAGAGCAGCUGACAGGAGAUAUAAAACUUUUAACUGGUAGAUUGAAAGCCUUGGAACAUUUUCGUGUCCACCAAGAUGAAUUGAUGAAUAAGUUUAAACAACAAGAAAUAGAGAUAGAAGAGAGAGAAAAAGAACAUAAACGAAUGCUUUAUGAAGUGGAAAAGAAAUUCAUAAUUGCCAAAGACAAGGCCAUGAAAGAUAUGGAAGUACGCCAGCUCCAGUUGUCAUCAGAGUUUGAAGCAACAACACAAAUGUGUAUUGCAGCAAGCACAAAACGAGCCAUAAGAGAAAAUAUUGCUGUUAAUAAUGAGCUACGUAAAGUCCAGGAAACAACGUACAGAUUAAUCAAAGAAAAUGAAAAGUUGAAAGAACAUGACAGGCACAUGAAAAUUCAGAAGGAGUUGACAGAGGAGGAGAAAACAAUAGUUAUGCAGGAGAAUGCUGAACAUCUAAAGGCAAGUGUUCAGUUUCAAGAUAAAAAUAAAUAUAAAAAUAAUGAAGGAGCACACCUGGGAGUGCAGCCUGUGAAUAUGAUCAUCUUAACGAGCCCUGCUAGAACAUGA